CCCUGGCGGCGUCACUCAGCGCCUGUCAGCGUUCAACGGAUCCCGUCCGGGAGUGCUGUGAAGCCGACAACAUGGGCUCAGGUGCCCGUGGGGAGUGGACAACAGCGCGGCGGUGACUCCCGGUGGAUCCUUGAAGUGUGUCCCCUCCGUAGGAUGAGCAGACAGGCGGGACAGGCUGCACUGCGUGAUGCAGCUCAGGGUCCACCAGGAGCUGACGUCCUGCUGCCAGGAGGCGAAGGUCCACUCUCCCUCUCUCCAUCUUCUGUCAGGGUUUAUGCUGGUACUUCCUCCAACUAGUUUCCGUGGAGUGUACUUUUGACUGCUGCACAUCCAACGUUUGCCCGUUUUUAUUCACUUGUUGGGCACUGCAACGAGGACUUGUACCAUGAUCUGAGCUUUAAAGUGAAACAAGCAGUAAUAGAAGUCAGCUGGCAGCACAUGAUGGCCAAUAACAACGAGAUACAAGGUGAUCCAGGCGGGCUGUCAGUGCUGCAGCAACUCGGCUUGGACCAGAACUCCGACCUGUCCGACUCCAGCGUGCAGCAACGGCUGGAUGAGCACCGCGAGAGGAUCCGCAGGGAGAUCCGCAAGGAGCUGAAGAUCAAGGAAGGUGCAGAGAAUUUACGCAGGGCCACCACCGACAAGAGAAACGCCCAACAGGUGGACUCGCAGCUCCGCAGCUCCAAACGCAAGCUGGAAUAUCUCCACGCCCAGCUGCAGGAGCUGGACGCACACAUUGUUGUCAAGGGUCACAAUGAGAAUGAAGAUGCUCCAAAGUCUCCGGGCUCGGUCAGUCGCCCGUCUGCCAACCAACACCGCAUCGCAGCGCUGGAACGCCAGCUAAACAUUGAGUUGAAGGUCAAACAGGGGGCAGAGAACAUGAUUCCCAUUUACGCCAACGGAGCUACAAAGGACAAGAAGCUUCUCCAGACGGCUCAGCAGAUGCUGCAGGACAGCAAGACCAAGAUCGACAUCAUCCGCAUGCAGAUCCGGAAGGCCAUGCAGGCUACAGAGCACUCUGACGACAGCCAAUGUAAACCUGAUUUGUGUGGGGUGGAGCUACGUGUGGAGGAGCUGUGGCAUCACUACCGUGUGGAGCACGCCAUGGCCGAGGGCGCCAAGAACAUGCUUCGGCUGCUCGGUGCAGGAAAGGUCCAAGACAAAAAGGCCAUGGCGGAGGCGCAAUGUGGUCUGAGCGAGUCGUCCCAACGCUUGGACCUGCUCAGGUGCUCUCUGGAGCAGCGGCUACUAGAACUCCCGGAGGACCAUCCCAAAGCCUGUCUGAUCAAGGAGGAGCUGGUGCUAGCUUCUUCCUCGGCCUUCAGCUCUCGCCACAGCACCACCUAUGUUCACAACCAGUAUAGCACCCUCAGCAAACCGUCGCCCCUCACCGGUACUCUUCAAGUGCAUCUUUUGGGAUGUGUCGGCCUGCCCGAGGUUGUCCCAGGCAGGAGCAGAGGGACUCCUGUGGUUCUUCCGUCUUACUCCCCUGGAGAUGGCCGCUCCUCCUUUAAACUGAGUGGCCUCUAUAGCCGCAGCACAAGCAGCAUGAGCCUCAAGAUGCCCGGCAAGAAUGACGAGUUGUCUUCUGAAGUGAGUGUGGUGCUGAAGCUAGAGAACACAGUGGUGGGGCAGACUGCUUGGAGAACAGUUGGAGAGCAGGCCUGGGACCAGAGCUUCACCGUGGAGCUGGAGAGGUCCCGGGAGAUGGAGAUUGCCGUGUACUGGAGAGAUUAUCGCUCCCUGUGUGCUCUGAAGUACCUGAAGCUGGAGGAGUUCUUGGAUAACCAGAGACACAGAGUCAAGCUAGAACUGGAACCCCAAGGGCUGAUGCUGGCUGAGGUCACCUUUUUUAACCCGGUAAUAGAAAGAGGGCGGAGACUUCAGAGACAGAAGAAUGUUUUUUCUAAACAGCAAGGUAAAGCGUUCCUGCGUGCCCGUCAGAUGAACGUGGACAUCGGUACGUGGGUCCGCCUGCUGAGGAACGCCAUCCCAAGCGGAAGCAACCCACCUGCAUACACCCCUGGUUUCUCCAGCAACGCACUCACGCACAACAGCGGAGAAAUCUCCGUGGAGAAGCUGGCUCUGGAGACAGAUUGUCCCCUCAAAACCGAGACUCGAGACUCUAGCGCUGCGCAGCAGACGGCAGUCAUUGAGCCCCCUACGCCGGAUGUUCCUAUUCCUGACCGGCCAACCAGAUCACACUCCCAGAACUCUUUGCGCAGACCGAGCGGAGGCCCCGUUUGCCUGCAGGAUUUCAAGCUGAUAGCAGUGCUCGGCAGGGGGCACUUUGGCAAGGUGUUAUUGUCCGAGUACAAGGAUACAGGCAGCUUGUACGCCAUCAAAGCCCUCAAAAAAGGAGACAUCGUCACACGCGAUGAGGUGGAAAGCCUGAUGUGCGAGAAGCGGAUCUUUGAGACCGUCAACAGCUCCCACCACCCAUUCCUGGUCAACCUGUUUGCGUGUUUCCAAACGCCAGAGCACGUAUGCUUUGUCAUGGAGUACACAGCAGGAGGGGACCUCAUGAUGCACAUACAUGCUGACGUCUUUUCGGAGCCACGUGCCGUGUUCUACUCCGCUUGUGUGGUCAUGGGUCUACAAUUCCUUCAUGAGCAUAAGAUUGUGUAUCGAGAUCUGAAGUUGGACAACUUGCUGCUUGAUAGAGAUGGUUUUGUAAAGAUAGCAGACUUUGGUCUGUGUAAAGAAGGGAUGGGCUAUGGAGACAGGACCAGUACAUUUUGCGGAACCCCCGAGUUUCUGGCCCCGGAGGUACUUACAGAUACGUCGUACACCCGAGCAGUGGACUGGUGGGGCCUCGGGGUGCUCGUCUAUGAGAUGCUGGUUGGUGAGUCUCCCUUCCCAGGUGAUGAUGAGGAGGAGGUUUUUGACAGCAUUGUGAAUGAUGAAGUACGCUACCCGCGCUUCCUCUCCACUGAAGCCAUUGGUAUUAUGAGACGGUUGUUGAGGAGAAAUCCUGAGAGGCGUUUGGGCUCCGGAGAAAAGGAUGCCGAGGAUGUCAAGAAGCAACCUUUUUUCAGAGGUAUGGACUGGGACGCGCUUCUUCAAAGAAAAGUCUCACCCCCUUUUGUCCCGACCAUCGCUGGAAAAGAGGACGUCAGCAACUUCGACGUGGAGUUCACCGCCGAGGCGCCGACCCUCACGCCGCCCCGCGAGCACCGCACCCUCUCUCGCAAGGAACAGGACUAUUUUAAGGAUUUUGACUAUGUGUCUGACCUCUGCUAGGAUCGAAGGGGGUCAAAGGAUUAGGAGAUGUUUACUGCCAGAGGAGACGAGGACAGACUGGGACUCAAUGGGAUGAACAGCUGGCAUGGACCAAUGUGUGUGUGUGUGUGUGUGUGCGUGCGUGCGUGUGUGUGUGUGUGUGAUGGGUCCGUGUUGCGGAUCAGCGGAAUGUGAUUGCGUGUCUCGCACAUCUGCAGUGUCAAUGACCUGCUGAUCUAUUGGACAAUCUGGAGGGUCUUUUAGAGGAAGUUGUGAUGAUAAAUGACGAUAAUCCAGAUUAUGUAGCAACUGAGUGGAUGGAUCCUGCUGUGUGUGUGUGUGUGUUUGUGUCCCGCGGAGAGACAACAAAGCAGCCAUUGGCGCUGAAAUGCUCAAGGAGCCAUAAAGCACCAGUCAGAGGCUGAUCUUUGUCUCGUUUUUGUCUCGCAUCCCUUUGUGUCUUCUGCGUGCUGCUGCUAGGUGUCUCCAAUGAAUGUACAGUACGACGUCAGCCUCAAUCGUGCGCCACCUCACAAUGAACACUUGGGGGCGCCAAAGACAAACCGCUAAUGUCAAUACAAAGCUGCUUUCUGUUUAUUUCGUCAAAGAGACACCAAGAUGCUCUUGAAUGAAAGAUGGCGAUAAGACAUAAAGAACUGUCUGUGGCGGGAACAGACGGCACACAAAGUAAUUCUACUCCUGAUGAGUGUGGCUUUUGAAAAUGUGGUCCAACAGUAGAGGUGGAGAAUUUUAACAGCAAUACCUGCUGACAGUAACUGCAGUCAUUUUUCGCUGAUAAAAAGGCUUUUACAGAUGA